CCUGAAGAAGACUCUGAUUUAAAGUUUCAACCUCUCUGUAGCGGCUGGGAUUUAACAGACUGAUGCAAAAUAUGCAACCGGUUUUGAGGUUUUUAGGACGUGAGUUCAGUCUGAGGCUGCAUGUUCAACGUCGCUACGCCUAAGAUUUAAAACUGCUUUAUUUCUUGCUGGCUUUAGUCUGAAAAUAAUAGAAAAUUAACUGAGAAACAAACAUUUAAAUCAGUAAUUUGUGAUUUAUUUGCAUGUAUUUUGUAGCAUAACUCCACCUUCUCAUCAUUGAUUGCUUUGAUUUAAUCCAGUUUAGUUUUAUUCUAAGAAUGUGUUUUGCAUUUUUGAUGCCAAACGUAAUGUUAUUUCAUUUUUUUCAAGAUAGCAGCUGUUCUGUCUUUAAAAGCUGCAGAUUUCUGCAGCGCUUCUGUCAGAAGCCUAAAGAUGUAUUUAAAACCUCUGUGUGUAACGUAGCAAUUUCUGUCGUCAACCGGAUGCAGUUGUUAACAACUUCCGGGUUUUAUUGGAAAAAAUUGGCGGUUUGUGUUUUACGGUUCCCGACUCUAAAGUUUAAGAAAUUUAUAUCAGCCAUUGUGAAACUACACGUAUCUACAACCUGGUUGGAUCUUACAACGCUGCUUUUCGGCGGUCUUAUGCUGUUUUUAUCCCGUUGUGUUAUAUGUAAGUUGACGAAAACAGAACAAUCUAGGAAGCUCGCGGGAAGUUAGCUAGCAGGGAGGCUAGCUGGCUAACUGUUUUCAUCUCGGAAUAAUGGCGACAGUGCUGCAGAAGAAGAAUGGACAGUAUCUGUGGUUUGCUCUUAUGGGGCUGGGCUUUCAGCCGGACAUGACAACGUCGUCCUUCGCCGGCAAAGCCAACGUUACCUUGAAACACAUCAACAUAGGGCCGAAUAUGUUUGACAAACCAAACAAAGAUGCCUUCUACAUCGUGACCCAUUUCUUGCUGGAGAAACUCAACCCGACUCGAUUUCACGAGGCAUACAGACACUGCUGGCCUGUUUUGAACCACAAAGCAGAUGCUGAGUUCCGCAAAAUUACCUGUGCUUGGCUUCGAGAAAUAAUGGAUGAAACUGCGAACGCUGGAUCUAAAGUGGUGGCAUCAUUGUUUCUCUCACCUGGAGGCCCCAAGUUUACCAGCUUGAUGCUUCAUUUGACCAAUCAUGUCAUGCUGCAGGAAAUGAAGACAUUCACCACAGAUGACAGUUGGACUCCUGAGGGUGUAGCGACGCCUGCUUCCACCUUGGAUAUGGCAGUUAAGAGACUCAAUCUGAUCCGUACGAGGUUUUUGAAAACUGCGGUGGAUCAGGAUCGUUUUCUUCACGAGUACCAGAGACGAGCCCAGCUUCUGGUGAAGUCUAUGAGGGACAUCAGAGCAGAUGGUGCCAAGUAUGAUGAACUACUUAAGCGUCACAGCAGUGAUUCUGCACAAGAGGGAGAUUCUCCAGCGGGGAAGAUUAAAAAGGUGCGGUUGUUGUGGUCGACCAUUGAUGGAAUGCUGUCGACUAUCAAAGAGGAGAAGAAUGCAGUGGAAAGUGUUUUGAAGGGGGAUGUAGAUCAAUACAUUUUGGACGGGACGGAUCGAGUCCUCAGAAUUCCUCGUCGUCUGCUGGAGAGAAUUGAAAAUCUCCCACAUCAGUUAAGUUCAGGGAAUGUGUAUGAAGGCGGCCAGCUGAACCUCCUCUGUGUGAUGGAGCUGAUGAACUAUGCAUCACAGCUUCUGAAAGAAGAAUGUUUCCAGGUCUCUCAUGCCCCCAAACCCCAGGUCAGUCCUCAGCAACUACAGGAGAAAUGUCAUCAGAUGGCCCGAAUGCUGCAGGACCUUCACCUCAUCAGGCAGAAGAUUUCUAAGGAAGAAAUUCCUGAAAUCAGGAGUGCCAUCAGAGAGCUGGAGGCAGAAUGGGAGAAGAAGUGGAUGGAGACUCUGAAAGAAACCCCCCUAGUCUCUUUUCUGAAUGAAGAUCCUGCUCUUGGCUUCCUCUCACCAAUGGCUCCACUGUGUUUUGAACCAGCAGCUGAAGCUAGUUACAGAAGUAGCAUCUUCUCCCAGUAUCCGGCUAAACUUCUCGAGGAGAAGCCUGCAGAGGGUAAAUCACAGGAGGGUGUACAUCCUAUUUGCUCUGUCAGAAGUUCCUUCCUUGCAACAGCUGAGAGGCCUGAAAGUCCUGCUGCAACCAUGGAAGCACUGCGAGCAAACACAUCUCUCGACUGGCUUUUCGACACGCCUCCAUCCCCUCCUGGUCGGGCUCCACCUGUACAGCCACCACAGGCCAGUGUGAAAAAGAGCAGCCAUGUUCAUGAGAAACAUGGCUGCUCUGCUGUAAGGACCACGGCUCAAAUGAUCGACCUGGAAUGUGACAACCUUGCUGAUCAGUUUGCAGAUGCUAUAGCUACAACCAGUCUGUCAGAGGGCAGCAUUAAAGGCUUGGAGUUGGAGGGCCUUCUGAGCACUCUUCAAAGAGAUCCCUUCUCUACUAGAAAGCAGCUGCCACGUACUCCUGAGAGCCUCAUUCUGGAUGUGAAAAGCUCCUGGAGAAAGGCUGUGGAGGAAGACAACGCUAAGAAAAUCCAGCAGUCAGCUGAAUUAGACGGCAGCAUAAUGAGGCACCUCAGUCCCUUCCGUGAACCCUGCAGUGUGCUGCUGAGCCCCGACUCCACCUCGCAGAACGUCUCGUGUGCGGUCACCCCUGCUGUUAUGCUCCACAGUGGCCCCCAUGCUGACAGACGGGAGGCUUUACUGAAGUCUAGUUUUUCGUGGGACACUUUCAACACGGAGGCCCUCGACAGUCCGAGCGGCACCGGCAGCAGCACGGUCCAGUUCACCCUCGAACACGAAACUCUCCCUGAAAUGCCUAGUUGCGACAGCCUGCUGAGCCUUGACGAUGAAACUGUAGAUGUGACGAGUGAAGAUGAGGAAGUGCUGAUCCAAUCACUGAAAAUUGAAUCGGCUCAGUCACCCUUAACCCCACAUCAUCGUCAGGCCUCACUGGAAAAGACACCCGAGUGUCUUCUGUCUGAUUACAAGGCGUCGGACAGAGACUGGCUGAUGGAACCUGCGACAACUCAACCCACAGACAAGGUCUUCUCACUGGAUCUAGAUGCUCUGGAGACGCACUCGCCUCCAAAGAAGCAGGAAUACAGCCUCCCCAAACUUAUCACCUUCUCCCCAAUAGAUGACAUGAAGUGUUAGCGAUUCUUACCAACUAUUCUGCUGCCUCUUAAAUUGUCUGUGAUUUUUAUUAAUACUUGUGUUCCACUGUAAAGUAACUUACAUUUCAUGCACUCGUAGUUUCUGUUUUAUUGAUUGAAAUUAAUAGACUAAACAUUAACUGCUUGAAUAAAAUUAAAAUGAA